AUGCCGACCGACGAGGAAAUCAUAAAAGCCCGCCAGGACUUCGAGCCGGAGUACCCUUCCGGCGACGAAAAGCGAUUCCAGGGCAGCCAGGAAGAGCAAGCACAGAACCAGAGAACCGUAACCCAACAGAAGAAGCACAACGAAUUCUACAAGCAAGAGCUACGUCAGACCGGCCUACAAACCGAACGCUCCAGAUCCUCCUCCCGCCGUGCCCGAAGAAAGCGCGUAAAGAACGACCAGCGAGACGGCAAAUACAUGCACACAAACUCUCUCGAGGCCCUCGAAGAAGCAGACGCCAAUGGAGAUCUACACGAGAUGCAGCCCUUCGAGCGCAUCGGCCCCGACUCAACCUCCAUGGACGGACCCGUGACGAAAGCUCGCGCCGACAGAGGAGAGAUCCCCAUGCGAGGCAAGAACCCGAACCAGCCUUACUACAAGAAACCGCCAAAGCAGGAGGCUUCGCUGCUCGAUGAGACCGAUGGUUUGAAGUUGAAGUUGGACGCCAAUCUGGAUGUGGAGAUUGAACUCAAGGCUAGUAUUCGUGGUGACUUGACGCUAUCGCUGUUGUGA